GACGGAGCGGCACGCCGCCUGGAUCAGCACGCACACACACACACACACACACACACGCACGCACACGCGCGCGCAGUCGUAACAACAGACCGUAGAAUCACAGACGUUGUUUUUUUUUUUUUUUUUUGAUGUACGUGAGAAAUUAGAGUUGCAGCGGCGGGAGAAGAAGUCACCUCUCUGCAGUCGGGAGGCUUUGCGGAAACGACAAAGCGAGUCAUCAUGUGAGAGAACUUAAUGUGGGAAACGGACAAAAGGCUGGAAUACGAGCGGAAUAGAAAGUAAAAGGGACGUCCUCUACGCUCACCACCGACCUGCCAAUCAUGACCUCUUUCUGACUGACAGUGAUGUAGAUGUGUGAGUGUGACCGUGUGCUGCUCGUGGAUAAAUGAUCACUAAUCACCGUCGGAAGAUGAAGGACAAGUCUGGCGUGAGCGGAAUGUCCGUGGAUGAGAAGCCUGAAGCCCCCAUGUAUGUGUAUGAGUCGACAGUUCAUUGUACCAAUAUCCUCCUCUGCCUCAACGACCAGCGGAAGCAGGAUAUCCUGUGCGAUGUGACUGUCCUGGUGGAGGGCAAGGAGUUCCGUGGGCACCGGGCCGUGCUGGCCGCCUGCAGCGAGUAUUUCCUCCAGGCGCUGGUGGGCCAGGCAGAGAAUGGCUUGGUCGUUAGCCUUCCAGAAGAGGUCACUGCCAGGGGAUUUGCCCCAUUGUUGCAGUUUGCCUACACUGCUAAGCUGUUACUCAGCAGAGAAAACAUCCAGGAGGUCAUCCGCUGUGCUGAAUUCCUGCGCAUGCACAACCUUGAGGACUCAUGCUUUCGCUUCCUGGAAGCUCAGCUGCGCAGCGAGGAAGAUGGCUUGCUGCUCUGUCACAAGGUGGCGGCGGAGGUGAACAACUCAGAGGAUGAGAACAUGCAGUCAGAGGUGGAAAGGCCCAACUCCCCCAGAGUGCGGCGAUGUGCUGAUGCCCUAACCUCUUUUCGACACCCUGACGAUGAUCGGUUAGCAGUGGCUGUGCCAAGUAACUUCAUGGAUGGCCGGCUAGACUUUGAUCGGCAUGGAGCAUCAGACCUGCCACGAUGCCCUAAGUACAGGAAAUACCAGUGGGCCUGCAACAAGCACAAUGAUGACACCUCCUCAGACACCAGUACCUCAGGUUUUCCAAGCACAUUAAAAGAGAGCAGCGUUAGUGGGGCAGUGCCGGGUCAGGGCAGGCUGCCUUUGACCCAGAUCAAAGUUGAACCACAGGCAGAGGAAGAGGCCAUCUCAUUGUGCCUGUCAGGGGACGAGCAGGACGUCAGGGAUAAGGACAGUGUGACUGCCAUGGAGAUGGAAAACCCAAUAUCUGUGGAAAGAACCAAGAGAACCAAGUCCCCUUCCUGCCUCCGAGCCUUCUUCAAGAAAGGGGUUGACCUACCCAGUCUGCCCAACACAUCACAGCAGCUAUUCACCAACAGACUUGUCUGCCCCCAGGACAAAGGAAACUCUCAGGGAGAUCACAAAAAAGACUUCAGGCCUUUCACUGGGGAGCUAGAUCUGUCUGUUACAUCCCCAAAGGACAUGGACGGUUUCCCUGCUGGGUUGUCCCUCAAGUCCGCUUCGUGUGAUGGGGUCUGCAAACAAGAAGUUGAGCUAGACCGCCGUAGUGUCAUAUUUUCCUCAGGGGCCUGCAACCGUCUGGGUACCCCAGCGCAUUCCUACCCUGGUGGGAACUCUUUGGAGAUGGAGCUCACGGAGCACAUGCCAAAGGGCGUGUGGGCUGGAGCCAGCCAGUCCCUCCCAACCACCCAGACCUAUUCUCCCAGCACCACCUCCUCUGAGCCCCCGAUCCUGUGCCGCCCACGACCCAACACCAGCUGCCCAGUGCCAAUCAAAGUGUGCCCACGCUCGCCGCCUUGUGAGACACGCACUAGGACUUCCAGCUCCUGCUCCUCAUACUCCUAUGCGGAGGACGGCAGUGGAGGCUCACCCUGCAGCCUUCCCCAGUUUGAGUUCUCCUCCUCGCCAUGCUCCAAUGUGGCUCGCUGCCUCAAUGUGGACCAGCAGGAGCAAAAUGUAGGUGGAGAUGCCCUUUUUAACCAGGUGCGGCCCAAGAUCAAAUGUGAGCAGUCCUAUGGCAUCAACUCUAGCGAUGAGUCGGGCUCCUUUUCAGAGGGAGACAGCGAGUCCUGCCAUGUACAAGAGCAAGGGCCAGAGGUGAAGCUGCCUUUCCCCGUAGAUCAGAUCACAAAUCUUCCACGGAAUGACUUCCAAAUGUUGGUGAAAAUGCACAAACUGACCUCGGAACAGCUUGAGUUUAUCCAUGACGUGAGGCGGCGGAGUAAGAACCGCAUUGCAGCGCAGCGCUGCCGCAAGAGGAAACUCGACUGCAUCCUGAACCUGGAGUGUGAGAUCCGAAAACUGGUGUGCGAGAAGGAGAAGCUGCUGACAGAGAGGAACCAGCUGAAGGCUUGUAUGGGUGAGCUGUGGGAGAACUUCUCCUGCCUGUCGCAGGAGGUGUGCCGGGACGUCCAGCUGAGCCCCGAGCAGGUCCAGUCUCUACACCACUACUGCCCCGUGCUGCGGCCCGCCAACUCCUCUGCCAGCAACAACGCUGCCCACCAGCCCAAGCCUGCCCUCAGCCCCGCCACCAACACCACCAGCAUCGACCUCACCACCCACUCGGGCUCAGCCACGCCAGAGCCCAGUUUCCACGGCUCGCCGGGCCCCUCGGAGAGCGAGCCCGACUCAGCCGUCAGAAAUGGGGCAGACAGAGAUAUGGACGGCCAAGACACCAGCUUGUACACAAAGUCGGGCCUGGAGAAAUCCAACCAGACGGUAACAGUCGAUUUUUGCCAGGAAAUGACUGAAAAAUGUACAACUGAUGAGCAGCCAAGGAAGGACUGUACUAAAUAGUGGUGGUUCUCUGUGUUGUUAUUUUUGAUGUUAUUUUUUUUAUUAUUUAAUUUUACUCUUCUGACAAACCCUCUCUCUGGGUUGUUGAGAUGGUCAGCCUCUGCCAGUGUUCACUGAAAAACAAGCUUUGUUUGUAUUUAUGUCUUUUUGUGCUGUUCUGUUGUUCUGUUUUGUUUUUUUUUUGAACGGUCGACACUAAAGUUGUCUUAACAGCAGCAAUACUGUUCUCCAGGUAUUCUCCUCUUACCAUGACAGAGUGGGAACUUCUCACCAAACCCUUACAAUGGUGCUAUACUCGCCCCGGCAGCAACCUCUACAGUGGAGACUCUGUUCUCCAUGUGUCACACAUCACCACUCAAAGUUGAACCUCAUCGGACCUAAACAGCAGCUCUCUCUGUCUCUCUGUGUACCGACAGUAUCUCUGUUCCUGCCUUUUCUCUUUUCACAUUUGCUCCUCUUUUUUUUCCCACUCUGUCUCUAUCAAUCUUCUCUACCUCUUUCUGUCUUUCUCUCUCUCUGUCUGUGGUUCUUGUCUCGCUAUAUCUCAGUGGCCCUUUUCGUCACAGCAAUUCAAACUCAGGAAAAAGAAAAAUCCUCUGAAUGUUCAACCUAAUUCAUGAAAAAUGAGAAUACAGCUUCUGUACACGAGGAAGUUACGAUGCAGUUAGACUGUAAAAUGUUCAUAUGCAAAAAUGUCUUCAAGCGUGUUGCAUUUGUAUUUCUGUACAGGAGAACUUUGUACAGGCUUGUAACCGAAAACAUUCCUCCUUUGCCUUCCUCAGCACUGAAGUGAAAGAAAAAAAAAGUCUUUGCAGGCGGUUAAAUGGCUAUUUUUAUUUCCCACUCAUCAGCAAUACCAUUGUAUCUGGAUGUUGUAAUGGUGACUUUCAAGUGCUUGUUUGGCAGAUAUGUAUAUAGUACGGAGCAUGAUGACUGUAACAGUGGUUUUGUACAGGUAGAGGCUUAGAUGUUUCUUUUUCACCGGGGUUUUAUCAAGCACCUUUUUGCUAAGGGAAAAAUCUUUGCUUUGCUGUUUCCUGUCCUGCCUAACGAAUACUCCCCAUUACGGCGGGUGUUCUUAUACUCAGGAAAUCAGCUCGAUACACAUUAAGACACACACAUACAGUACAUACAGUACAGACACAUGCGUCAAAACACACAUAGAAUUUUGAGCCCCAUGCAUGUAUAAAAGUUAGACAUUCAAGGCACGUUUCUGAAUGCGUGGCUCAGGCCAGCUCCUCUCCUCCUUUUGACUCCUCUAUAAAUGUGAAAAAAAAGAGUUCUGCCUUGUGUUUUUUGGAGGAAAUCUUACUUCUUAUCAGUGUUUAAAGAUGCUGUUUGUGUACACUCUCGCAGAUACGCUUUGGGUUUCUUCAGUGUUGUCAUUUGAUGUUCAGAGAGAGAACAAAGAGCCCAGCCCACAUCUAAGUGACAUUCAUUUUUUUCAAACUGAACCUGAAUAAAAUCCAGCACCUCUUGACAGAAAGAAAAUAAAUUGACUUAAUUCAGGCACUUUGUUUCCAGCCCCAAGAGCUCAGAGCCAUUUAGCACUUCAAUGAGGGUCCUUGUCUUUGUUUGAGACCCCUUAAAAGGAGCACUUAAAUUGGCAUUUCAAGAGGAAACAUCUUGUGAAUACGAUUAUACAAAUAUACAAUUAGAAAUAUCUCUAUGAAGAAGACGUAUCUGAAACCUAAACACAAAAGGAAGCUAAUGGUUUAGUAUAAGAUUGUUCACACCUUAGAUUUGUAUUUGUUUAGGAAUUGAAUAAGCUAAUUCAGAUUUCAUUUGACGUGAAAACAGUGUAUGUGUUGUCCAAAUGAUUAAGUAACAAUCAUAUUAAGAAAGUAACAUGUUUGCCCUUAUUGUGCAUUUGUUUGAACAUCCUACUUUGUGAUGUGCAUGCAUGCUGCCUAUAGCUAUAAGCCUAGUUAGUUUGUCUAGCUUCUGUUUGCCUCGUAAGUUCCCUCUGGAGCAGUCUGCUUUUAAAUUAUAUUUUUUAAAUUUCUAUGUAUAAACAAACUGAAUUAUCUUAACUCUAACUGGAGCCAGUACUCCUGUACAAGGUUGAAUACAAUUGGAAUGUGAAGCUUCAUUCAAUGAUCUUUAAAGCCCCAAUCCAAAACAGCACCCCCUGUUAGCUUAAGAAAGCGCUGAAGCUAAUGUCAACUCUUGGCUAGCUGGUGUUCCACUAGCUUCUGUACCUCACUGAGCAUUUCUUGAAAGUGUUACUGAAGUUUACUAUCUUUCUCUAAGACAUGUGAAUAUCUACUACAGUACUUGUUAUUAAAAAUACAAAAACAUCAUGAUUUUAGCAAAGCUAAACAGAAAUAGUUUUGUUAGCAUGCACAAAACUAGUCUACAUCCUCCAUGAAGUUUAACCAACAAAAGUACAUUACUUUAACAGUAGGUUUCAACCCUAACCAUAAAUCUACUCACACUCUUCCCUAAUGUUUGACAAUGGUAAUUUUAAGCAAGAUAAUAAGCUUUAGUUUUUCCUUUCUUGCUAUUGCAACCACUAUAUGUAAGAUAGCUGCCAACCACUUGACAAGCCCCUUCUGUGGAGCUAGCAUAGAUUUAAACAGAAGCAUUAGAUAGGAAUAGCAAAGAUGGCGCUCAUUCGGCCCGAUGAGAAUUGCCCACCUUCGGUAAACGUCAAGAAAGUUUUUACAUCCAGGUUAACUUCCUGGUUAUAAAAUAUUUUCUUCCUAGCUCGCUGAAUAUGAGCAGUAGAAUUUCUCCCGCUGGCUGCUCUGCCCAUAGACUUUACAUUUUCACAGAUUUCCUUAAAAAGUUCACCUCAGCUCAAACAAAGGUUUUAAAUAUGAAACCUCCAUGGAUCAAAGAUUGAUAAUAGAAAGAGUCAUAACUGACUUUGUGUGCAGUUUGAGAUGUCCCAUGUCCAGUUUUAUAGAUGUUUAACAUUCAACAGAGGUUCAAGUGAAAGUGCUGUAGUAAAUACUAAUUUGCCUUAGAAUAUGGAUAGUAAUAUCCUGCAUAGUAUAGCCACUGUAUAUAUCAGAUCAAAUGGGGGGUGCUAUUAAACUCAUGACUGACCACACCUGUGACAUGCCCAUGAAACACCUACCCAUCCACCAGUGUUUCGUUACCCUAUUUAAUGCUGAAAAAAAAUAUCUGGGAUUGGGGCUUUAAAGAUUGGAUGAAAUGUUUUAAAGCUUUCCCCCUGAAUUUAACUGAUGUAAAGUUUAGAUGUAGUUUGAAAUAUGAUCUCAUAUGUGAGACUGUUUAUGUUAUACAGCCGAACAGAUUAAGUGUAUUUUAUAAACCUUUAAAUUGUUAAAAGACUGGCCCCUGUACCCAUACACACACAAACACAUGCACACAGACACAUAAAUAAUCAUACAAUACACACACAAUACAUAUGUUGUGGCACAGCCUGAGUGGGCAGUAAUGGUUCAGCCCUUUUUCCUAUUUGUGCUGUUUAUAUUGUGCACAUAUUUACUGAAGCAAACCAGUUUUUACCCAUGUGGAGAUUCUGCCAGGUUAAAGCCAGCAAACUGAAGUGGAACCACCUACUUUACAGAAGCUUCUUUUCUGCAAACAUUAUGCAACUCAUUUUCUAUUCAUGUACUUUUUUUUUAAAUUUGCUUGAUGUUUUUCUGUUGGGAGAUAAUGAAUUCAUGAAGUUUGUGUUGUAGCAAAACUGUUGUGACAAAGGCCCCAGUGUGUCUUUUCAGAUGUCCGAAUAAUACGACAAUGGUCACAUUCUUGUUUUUGCAUAGCAGGAUUUCUGUUAAGCAUAUUUUGAUAAAUCAAUUUAACAAAACUUAAGAUUUCUGUAGAGCUAAGUAAAAGAGGUGACACAUCGCACAGAGGCCCCUGAAGCACACUCUCCAGUCAAAAAGCUUUUAGUCCAGACUUCCACGCUCUUUGAGUCUUGCUGCAUGCUCUAACACCAGCUGUUUGCACAGUAACAUGCAUCCUCUGGUUUAAUGGUGAGAUUACUUAAUGUCCAAAUCUACAACACAUCAAGUGUUGUCUAAGGGGUCUGUUCACUCACAUUACAAAAAAUACAUAGCUAAAAAUACAUUUCUCACUUACCUCAUAUGGCACCUAGUCAUGCAGAUAGUUUUGGUUGUAUUGGGUUACAAAGUAAAGGUCCAGGCUUGAGAUUUUUGCCUACACUAGUCACAUUAUUGUGAACAAUAUGUUUUGUUAGUUCCAAUGAAAACUUAAAUUUGAGUUUAGAAUUCUGUUUACCUUCAUUCUUUUGGGGUAGUGGCAGGUACCUCCGACAAUCUCCAAACUAUGUACAUGGUUACAGAGCAGGAAACUAAGUGAGAAAAUAUGUUGGGGUGUUUUUUUUGUCAUUUGAGUGUAGUGACCUUUUAGUGUCUCAGGGUGCCAAGUGUUUGAAUGUGCUCACCAUAUCACUCAGAAGCAGACUUUUUUUUUUUAUUACUUGCUUUAUUAGACAAAUAGAAAGGUUUAAAAGGUUAAAAACAUCACAUACAUUGAUUUGUUACUAUUACUCAAAGUUACAUUAAUUGAUUUUUGGCCACUUGGGGGUUUUUGUUUCUACUUUCAUGUAGAUGCUUGAAAAAAGUCUGUGGUUAACACAAGUCUAGGAUAUAUUCAGCAAACACCAUACAUGUAAAUGUCAAAGUGAACGUGUUUUACAUCAAAUAGCUUAAUUAGAAAACAGAGGUUGUCAGGGUCAUCUAUUCACUUCACAGGCAUAUACAAAGUAUUCUGAUUCAAAAUUUCUACCUUAGUUGUGGUGACGUUGAAGUCAUGUGACCAUGGUCUUUUAAACCGUCAGUUUAUAGCCCAGUGUUAGCUUUUUACUUUUGGCGAUUGCAUUUACGCUUCACAAGUGAUAAAAGUGGUCUUCACCUGUGAAGAAUAUCUUGCUGAACAAAAGUAAUAAGUAGCAUAAACUUGUGUUUCCCACAGAUCUUAUUUUAUGCAAUAAUCCAACUGAAUCUUAUCAGCUUUUCGUUGAAGGAACCAGGCUGAUGCUAACUUUUUGGUUAACCCACAGAAACACGUCAUCCCUGCAGCUCUCUAUUGUUACCUAACAGAGUUUUUAGUGGCUUAAACAUUUGGAUAGGGCUGCCUGCGAGACAUUGAGCAGACAGAGAGCAACAUGAUCAUGGUUUCGGUGCAGUGUUCGUGUCCAUCUGUUGAAUGCAGGGCCAAUCUUUUCUUUGAAGUCUUUUCGGUCUCGAACACCUCCUGAAAAUAUAUCUGUGUCUUUAGCUGGUGAAUCUUCCACGAUGUUCACCAGGUAACUUGGUAUCUCUGCUGUUCAGUUCUGGACAGGUAGCACGCGUGUUAUUCGAACCUUUUUAAUAUUGAUUAGUGCAGCUUUAAAAAUGAUGUAAUGGUAAUAGUUCUAUGCAUAGAAAAUACUGAAUUUAAGAAUUUGAUUCUUGGAUAAGAGGAAUCCUCCUGGUUACUUUUUGAAUUUUGCUUUCGCCGUAACUCUGUAAUUGAAUGCUCGUACCUUUUUGCUGUGGACUUGUUUGGUUAAACUUUGUUUUGUUGCUGCUUCUCUGAAACAAACACUGGCUUGUCAACUCCAAAGGUUGUUCUGUAAAAUAAUAUGAACAAACACAUGCCUUUCUCACAUAUUCCUCAACUUUAUUGAAAAAAAAAAAUCUGGUAUCCUGGUUGAAAGCGCAGGCUGAGAAUUGAGCAAAAUAUAAAAAUGGAAAAUGUUUACAAAUAGGUGUCAUGUCAUGUUUGAUACAUUUUUUGCCAUGUAAAACUGAUGCUCGGUUCAAUUGGACUGGUUCUUGGUGUUAUGUAAAGAGACAAAGAACUUGUCUAUAAUCCAAUUUUUGGGAUGGGUCAGCAUUAUAUGGAUACAAGUGCACCUCCGAUAUUUGCCUUAGAACUUGCAGAGGCCAUUGUUCACAUUCAAGUGAAGUGAGUGUAUGCAGGGGCCUGGGCCCCCCAUCCCCGAGUCACCAGUGCGGACUUUCUCACACUUAUCUACCUGUGAAAUCCUUCAUACCUCUCAUAACUGGUCAAUGACUGUAUCAGCAAACUGCAUCAGGUGUUUUUUCUACAUGCUUUUUACACAGAUUAUAUGGAUUAUUGUAUUAGUAGAUUUUGGUGCAUCAUUUUUAAUGUAAUAGCUCUUAAGCUUAUAGUUCAAGUUGUUUUUUUCUUUCAUUUUUCUAGAUGAUUGUUUUGUGUUAAUAUUGUCAAUUUGAAAUAGCUGUUAUUUGCUUAUUCUCUACUAAGAGUUCUUACCUUUAUAAUUUUUAAAUGCUACAUGACCCUAAUUAAUUAAAAUGACUUAAUAACCAUUGUAAAUACGGUAUUGUGCAAACCCCAUUUUCAUUCAUUUCAAUUGCUAGUGUUCUAUAAAUUACUUUUUUGUCUAGACACCAUUUCUCUUUAUGAAAUAAAGAAACGUGCAUAUCA